CCCCUCUCCUGGUCCCCCCCCCCCCCCGGCUAGCCCUGCCCGCUGCUCGCCCAGACUCACGCACCGACAGCCCAGCUCAGGAAACAGAAGCAGUUGUCAAGGGGGGGAGACAAGCGAGCCCGUAGCCGCAUCCCCAGCAAGGCAGGCCCGCCUCUCCUGCAAAGACGCGCGGCGCCUCGGAGAGGAAGGGGAGCCGCUCGCAGAGGAGGGGAAGCUGAUCAGAAAUAAGGAAGAAGUGGAAGGGGCCGUCGCUGCAAGGCAUCAUGUGGAUCUGUUGGUGAAAGGGGUGGGGGAACAACACCCCCCCCCCUCUUCUUUCCCACCCCAGCCCCUCCGGCAUUUAGAGGGGGCUCGGUCGGCAGCUUUGGCCGGAGAGUGCAAAAAUUAAUAAUCUCUUAAGGUAUUUUAAAAAAAAAAAAAGAAAGGAAGGAAGGAAAGGAGAAGAGAGAAGAUUGCCUGGCAAGAUGGCCGACCUGGAAGCGGUGCUAGCGGAUGUGAGCUACUUGAUGGCUAUGGAGAAAAGCAAAUCCACCCCUGCAGCCCGGGCCAGCAAGAAGAUCCUGUUACCUGAGCCCAGCAUCCGCAGCGUCAUGCAGAAAUACCUGGAGGACCGGGGCGAAGUGACCUUUAACAAGAUCUUUUCUCAGAAGAUUGGGUACCUGCUGUUCCGGGAUUUCUGCCUGAAUCAGGUGGAGGAGGCGAAGCCGCUGGUGGAGUUCUAUGAAGAGAUUAAGAAAUAUGAGAAGCUGGACUCGGAGGAGGAUCGAGCUGCCAAGAGCCGCCAGAUUUUCGACCAGUACAUCAUGAAGGAGCUGCUGUCCUGCUCCCAUCCCUUCUCCAAGAGCGCCACAGAGCACGUACAGAGCCGGCUCAGCAAGAAGCAGGUGCCACCAGACCUAUUCCAGCCAUACAUUGAGGAGAUCUGCCAGAACCUGCAUGGAGCCAUCUUCCAGAAAUUCAUCGAGAGCGACAAAUUCACCCGCUUCUGCCAGUGGAAGAACGUGGAGCUAAACAUCCAUCUGACCAUGAACGACUUCAGCGUGCACCGGAUCAUUGGCCGCGGCGGCUUCGGAGAGGUGUAUGGUUGCCGGAAAGCGGACACGGGCAAAAUGUAUGCCAUGAAAUGUCUGGACAAGAAGCGCAUUAAGAUGAAGCAGGGGGAGACGCUGGCCCUAAAUGAGCGCAUCAUGCUGUCUCUCGUCAGCACCGGGGACUGCCCCUUCAUUGUGUGUAUGUCCUACGCCUUCCAUACACCUGACAAACUCAGCUUCAUCCUGGACCUGAUGAACGGGGGCGACUUGCAUUACCACCUCUCUCAGCACGGGGUCUUUUCCGAGGCUGAGAUGCGCUUCUACGCUGCCGAGAUCAUCCUGGGCCUGGAGCACAUGCACAACCGCUUUGUGGUGUACCGGGACCUCAAGCCAGCAAAUAUCCUGCUGGACGAGUUCGGUCACGUCAGGAUCUCGGACCUGGGACUGGCCUGUGAUUUCUCAAAGAAGAAGCCUCAUGCCAGUGUUGGCACGCAUGGGUACAUGGCGCCGGAGGUGCUGCAGAAGGGUGUGGCUUAUGACAGCAGCGCAGACUGGUUCUCCCUGGGCUGUAUGCUCUUCAAGUUGCUGAGGGGGCACAGCCCCUUCCGGCAGCACAAGACCAAGGACAAGCACGAGAUCGACCGCAUGACCCUGACCAUGCCUGUAGAGUUGCCCGACUCCUUCUCGCCUCAACUGUGCUCCCUGCUGGAAGGGCUGCUCCAGAGAGACGUCAACCGGAGGCUGGGCUGCAUGGGGCAUGGGGCACAAGAGGUGAAGGAGGAUCCCUUCUUCCAGAGCCUGGAUUGGCAGAUGGUUUUCCUGCAGAAGUACCCACCGCCCCUGAUCCCGCCACGUGGGGAGGUGAACGCGGCUGACGCCUUCGACAUCGGAUCUUUCGAUGAAGAGGACACAAAAGGGAUCAAGCUGUUGGAUAGCGACCAGGAGCUGUACCGCAACUUCCCGCUUACCAUCUCGGAGCGCUGGCAGCAGGAGGUGACGGAGACCGUCUUCGACGCUGUCAAUGCUGAGACUGACAAGCUGGAGGCCCGCAAGAAGGCCAAGAACAAGCAGCUGGGCCACGAGGAGGACUACGCCCUGGGCAAGGACUGCAUCAUGCACGGCUACAUGUCUAAGAUGGGCAACCCCUUCCUGACACCAUGGCAACGGCGAUACUUCUACCUGUUCCCCAACCGGCUGGAGUGGCGAGGGGAGGGCGAGUCCCCGCAAUCCCUGCUCACCAUGGAGGAGAUCCAAUCCGUGGAGGACACUCAGAUCAAGGAGCGCAAAUGCAUCCUCCUCAAGACUCGGGAGCACAGGCAGCUCAUCCUGCAGUGUGAUAGCGACCCUGAGCUGGUGCAGUGGAAGAAGGAGCUGCGCGACGCCUACCACGAGGCCCAGCAGCUGCUGCAGCGGGUGCCCAAGAUGAAGAACAAGCCGCGCUCGCCCAUCGUGGAGCUCAGCAAGGUGCCGCUGCUGCAGCGCUCCAGUGCCAAUGGCCUCUGACCCCUGCGCCCCCCUUUCUCCCCCGGCUUUAAUUUAUUGGGUUGGAUUUUACUCGCACCCCCAGCGGAACCGUAACUGUUAAUUUGCUGAUCCUUGUGACUCCCGCCCUGCUCCCUGCUGGAGGGGGUGGGGCAUCCGGAGGGGGUGGGGCAGACUCCACCCUCUCCCUAUUUGGGGAUGGAUCCUGCAUUCUGGAUCCAUUUCUCCCCUCCUUCCCAUCUCAGUUCAUGGGGCAGGGACCAUGCUGGCCCUGCCUCCAGCAGGACAGGGGAUGCGGGGAUCACAGGGAGGAACUUCCUCUUUGGCACUUAACGUCCUCCAUUCUCUCUCCAUUAUCAAAUCAUUGCUGGUGCUGGAGAGCUCUGUGGGGGGGGGGCGGGCAUGGCCCAGAUCCCUGGCACACUGGAGGGCUCUGUCAGCUGGGGGGUUAUGGCCCAGGGUAUGCCCUUCCCAGCCCGUAGAAUGCAGUGAGCAUUGGCGAGUAGGGGACAGACCUUGCCUCCAGCCCCUUCUCCAUGGGUUCCCAGCUCUUACUGGAAGGGACUCCAGCCCCAGCAAUGCUGUCCCAUGGCUGAGGACCUACAGUGCCAUUUGAGAGCCUUGGGGCUCAGGAUUGG